GCCGCAGCAGCAGCAGCAGCACCAUGGCGAGCCGCGAGCACACGGGAUCCACCAACGUGGUUUACCAAGCCCACCAUGUCAGCAGGAGUAAGAGAGGACAAGUGGUCGGCACCAGGGGAGGAUUCCGAGGCUGCACGGUUUGGCUCACAGGCCUUUCUGGAGCCGGCAAGACAACCAUUGGCUUUGCUCUGGAGGAGUACCUGGUGGCUCAUGGCAUCCCCUGCUACUCCCUGGAUGGUGACAACGUGAGGCACGGCUUGAACAAGAACCUGGGCUUCUCGGCCCAGGACCGCGAGGAGAACAUCCGGCGCAUCGCCGAGGUGGCGCGGCUCUUCGCCGACGCGGGGCUCGUCUGCAUCACCAGCUUCAUCUCCCCCUUCACCAAGGAUCGUCGAAACGCACGAAAAAUUCACGAGGCAGCUGGACUUCCUUUCUUUGAAAUCUUUGUAGAUGCUCCUCUAAAUAUUUGUGAAAGCAGAGAUGUGAAGGGCCUGUACAAAAAGGCAAGAGCUGGAGAGAUCAAAGGAUUCACGGGCAUUGACUCCGAGUACGAGAAACCCGAAGCUCCCGAGCUGGUGCUGAAAACAAACGUUGCAUCGGUGUCUGAGUGCAUCCAGCAGGUUGUGGAGCUCCUGCAGGCACAGAACAUUGUGCCCCAGGGCUCAGUCAAGGAUGUUCUGGAGCUCUUUGUGCCUGAGGAUAAACUCAGCAGUGUCAGGGCUGAGGCAGAGAAGCUGCCAGCACUGGAGAUCACUAAGCUGGAUCUGCAGUGGGUGCAGGUGCUGAGCGAAGGCUGGGCCACUCCUCUGACAGGAUUCAUGAGGGAGGCAGAGUACCUGCAAGUGCUGCACUUUGACACCCUGCUCAAUGGUAUGGAUCCCCUGUAUGGAGUGGUGAACCUGAGCGUGCCCAUCGUGCUGCCGCUGUCAACAGAGGACAAGCAGCGGCUGGAGGGCAGCACGGCGCUGGCGCUCAGCUUCCAGGGCCGCCGCGUGGCCGUGCUGCGCCGCCCCGAGUUCUUCGCGCACAGGAAGGAGGAGCGCUGCGCCCGCGUCUGGGGCACCACCUGCCCCCGGCACCCACACAUCCAGAUGGUGAUGGAGAGUGGAGACUGGCUGGUUGGUGGAGACCUGGAGGUCCUGGAGAGGAUCAAAUGGAACGAUGGGCUGGACCAGUACCGCCUGACCCCGCUGGCUCUCAAGCAGAAGUUCAGGGAAAUGAAUGCUGACGCCGUUUUCGCCUUCCAGCUGCGCAACCCCGUGCACAACGGGCACGCGCUGCUGAUGCAGGACACGCGGCGGCAGCUCCUCGACAGGGGCUACAAGAACCCCGUGCUGCUGCUGCACCCCCUGGGGGGCUGGACCAAGGAUGAUGAUGUCCCCCUGGAGUGGCGCAUGAAGCAGCACGCUGCCGUGCUGGAGGAGCAGGUCCUGGACCCCAAGUCCACCAUCGUGGCCAUCUUCCCGUCUCCCAUGCUCUACGCCGGCCCCACCGAGGUGCAGUGGCACUGCCGGGCCCGGAUGGUGGCCGGGGCCAAUUUCUACAUCGUGGGGCGCGACCCGGCGGGAAUGCCGCACCCCGACACGCGGCAGGACCUGUACGAGCCCACGCACGGCGGGAAGGUGCUGAGCAUGGCCCCCGGGCUCACCUCCGUGGAGAUCCUGCCCUUCCGGGUGGCUGCCUACAACAAGACCAAGAGAGCCAUGGACUUCUACGACCCCAAAAGGCACGAUGACUUUGACUUCAUCUCAGGAACACGCAUGAGGAAGCUCGCUCGGGAAGGGGAAAACCCCCCCGAUGGCUUCAUGGCCCCCAAAGCCUGGAAGGUCCUCACCACCUACUACCAGUCACUGGAGAAAAAGAAUUAACUCCUCCUCCUCCUCCCUAGAAAAGCCUGUAUUAAUAGUGAGCAAUGAUCCAUUGAUUCCCUGUGACACAGAUCACUUGCCAUGACCCUGGGAUGUUCCUACCUGGGUCAGAGCGUUUUUUACCAAUCAGAAAUACUUUCAGCCUGAUCCUUCUCCCCUGAAGCUGCUGGGGGUGUCCCCAUGGAGUGGAAGGGAUGGGGAGAGGGCCCUUUGUUCCCAGCUGGCACCAGGACGUGCCACGGUGCUGCCAGCGCAGAGGGGACCCGGGUAAAUCCUGCCUGUGCCCUGCCUGGAGCAGAAAUGAAGAAGUGCCUUUCCUCAUUGUGCCUUAGACAGUUUUUGCUAAUUAACAGCAGAAUCUUUUUAAUGCCUCUUUUUAUAAAAAGGACUUUUUUAAGAUCAGCUGUGACCACCUCCAGUUCCUUGUGGCUGAGCCAACUCCUCCCUGCUUCCUUCCUUCCUUCCUUCCUCCUGCUUGACCUCUGGGCUGAGCAUUCCUGUUGCUCCACGUUCAGGAGCCUGUGAGGAUGUGCCAUGUUAUCCCUGGCACAGGGAUCCAUCCCUGCACUCACAGCCCAGCUGGGGAGCCUCUCCUGGGAGGCACCACAAACCCUGAGAUCCCUGAGAAAGCUCUGCACAGCGAGGAGAAGUCAGGGAUGCUGGCACUGUGCUUCCAGGUGUCCUCCCAGGUGGCAGCAUGGGCUCCCCCUUCCCUCUGCCCCAAAGGCAAAUCCGGGACAAAACAGCAAAGUCACAGCACCAGGAGGGUCUGGAGAACCGGCUGAGAGAGGCUGCAGCCUCA